AGAAAAAUCUUUGGAGAUGCUCAGAACGCAUCUGGAAACUAGAGAGAAAGAACUUAAUAGACGAGAGCAGAUGUGGGAGGUGAAAACCCAAAAGCUUUCAAAGAUCUCGGAGGAAUUCGAAAAUAACAAACACAACAUGAAGAAAUGGCAAGCUGAGCUGAGUAAUAAGGAAUGCGAUCUUCUGCUAAAAAUAAAUGGACUGCAGGUAAAGGAGCAGGAACUUGUCCAGAGGGAGCAGGAGCUCGCACUCAAAGGUCAAAGGUUGAUGGAGCAACAUCGAGAUAUGGAUGAUAAGCAGCAAAACCAAGCAGCUUCAUUUGAUGAACGCGACCUGGAGCUUGAGAGCAUGAGAGAAGCGUUAGGAAAAAAGGAGCAAGAGCUGAUACGAGGCGAGGAAGCUCUUUCUCAAAGAGAGGAGAAGCUGAAGAGUGAAGAAAUCUACUUGGAGAAAAGACAGCAAGUCAUGCAAAAUAGGGAACAAAUGCAUGAAGACACGUUGCGCAGUCUGAAGGAACAGCAGGAUGUUUUGAAAAACAGAGAAUGUUCUUUAGAUACCAGAGAGACAGAACUGCGCCAACGUGAAUCAGAGCUCACUAUUAGAGAUAAUAACAUGAUGGACAAACACAAACUUCUGCAGAACCAAGACUUAGAUCUGGAAAAGAAGGCAAGUGCUGUAGAGCUCCUAAAAACAACACUAGAUGGAAGAGAAAAAGAGCUUGAAGAACGUCAAAACCAACUGGACAGCAAAAUGCUGGAGAUAAAUAGUGAACAAGACAAGAUGAAAAGGAAGCGAGAGGAACUUGAAAAAUGGGAGAAGUAUUUGUAUAACACAGAGCUCAAAGAGAUACAGAAAGAGUCUUUCUCGGGGCAUCAGCGAUUGACAAACAGCACUGAAUCAAAUGGGAACGCCGGAGAUACAAGAAGUGAAGAGCGAAUGGAGUUGGAAAACAACAGAUCGGUGAAGAACCAAAGGGUUAAACGAAUACUGGAGUCCAAGCAAAAAGAGGAAGCUGGUGAAAAUGACAAUUCUGAUGGCGAAAGUGAGGAAGACUUCUUUGAAUCGUCAAGCGCCAGUUUCCAAGCUACUUUGCAUACACCCUGGCCUGCAUCUGAGCUAAGGCUGAUGCUUUUAGGAGACUCCUGGUCAUCCCGUCACCCAGCGAGAUGCACCGUCGUGGGGCCUGAUGCGGACAGAAGCAACCCUUGGAAGGGAGAGAUAUCCGGCAGACGUCUCACGAUUGUAGAGCCUCAGGGCCUGAAAUGGAGAUCUGGAUCUGAAAGUAAAGACACCUUUAGUCAAAGUAUCCCUCUGUGUCAUCCUGGACCACACGCCUUCAUCCUGGUGAUUCCCGCUUACGUGUCCUUCACUGGUCAGUACAGGCACGCAGUCGAACGUACUAUGUCCGCGAUAGGAAAAGCAUCAUGGAGGCACACUAUUAUUCUGCUCACCUGGGGGGAAACAUUAAGAGAGAGCAUCCAGCAGCACGUGAAGAGAAACAGCGACCUGGAGAAGCUGGUUCGAAAAUGUGGGAACAGGUGCCAUGUGCUUAACAAUGGACAUCGGGAAUCUGAUGUGGUGAAGCUGCUGGAGAAGGUUGAGGAGAUGCUGGAAGGAAACAAUGGACAAUACUACAAACUGGAUUGAAAAAUAAUGUAAAGGUUUUAAACUGUGAAUGAUAUUUAAAUUGUGGGAAAGACAAAACAUUGUUUUGAAAUUCUUUGCUUUAAGCAUUAUUUAUGUGUUUGGCAGCACCUAAAUGUGAAAAUAAACCAUUUUCAAAUGA